UAUGUAACUAUAUUGCAUCACAUAGUAUACAGCUAGUUUAAGUUAACUUAUCCUAAACUACGAUAUAAGAUAUAACUACGAGAUAAUAUAUUUAUAGGAAAAAACUUAAAAUGUCCACAAAGAAAUGGUUUGUACUUGGUAUUUCGGGUGCAACCUGCAGUGGAAAAACGUCCUUGGCUAAUAGACUUCAUAAAGAGUUGGAAAAUUCGGUUGUCAUACACCAAGACAACUAUUUCUUGCCGAUAGAUGAUCCACGGCACAUAAAAAUAGAAGAACUUAAUCAUUUUAAUUGGGAAUUAAUAACCAGUGUGGAUUGGGACAAAUUGCAUUCGGAUGUCUUAAAAUUAAUUGAAUCUACACCGAACGGGAAUACUUGCUCAGACACAAUUGAUAAAAAUAUUUUAAUAUUAGAUGGGUUUUUGCUUUUCAAAUGUAAGGUUAUUUCCGAUUUAUGCAAUCGCAAAUACUUCUUAACGUUAACCAAAGAGCAAUGUUGGGAAAGAAGGAAAGGAAGAGUAUAUAAUCCACCAGAUGUUCCGGGAUACUUUGAAAAAGUAGUAUGGCCAGAAUAUUUAAAACAUAUAGAUGAAUUAAUGAAAGACAAAAAUUUAUGUAAGACAAUAAAGUUUGUCGAUGGAUCAAAAAGUAAAGAAGAAAUAUUUCAAACGAUUUUUGCAGAAAUAAAAAAGUUGUUAUCUUGA